AAGAUGACCAGAAAGGAAUACUGAAUGUUAUUUCAUCAUCGAAAUACAAUGAAUGAUGAACAUUAUUAGCGUAGUAGAAGGACAAUGAUUCUAUACUAGACUCGAGCGCCUGGCAGGAGCACUCCGCCCACUAGGGUCAUCCACCCCCGGCACGCACUUCCUCAACCCCGGCGCGGUUCCGCCUCCCCGGCUCCUCCCCCUCCCGGCAACCGUCCGGCGGCGUUGAUCGUUGGAAUAGAAGUUGGGCGGGGGACGGCGUGCGGCCAUUGAUUAAAACGGCACAGAUCGAAGUCGUUGGCUUGUCGGUCUCGGUUUGCUCUUCUUUUGGUAGGUUUGGCCUUCUUUGCGUGCAAGUUGCAGCGCUCGAGUUUGCAACUUGUAAAAAUUCCGCUUCUUGCGAUGCAAUCAAAUGCUUUGGAUGGGAAUCCUUUCAGUUUCAUUCUUAUAUAUCUAUUAGAUAUAAGCAAAAACUUUGGAUUUCCUGCCUCAAGAAACUUGAAACUUUGAGACAUUGCAGCGCUGCUUGUAAUCUUAAGCGUUCAGCUUUGGGCUUUUGGCCUGGGGCUUUCAGCUUCUGCUUCGAGUUUUCAACUUUGCGCUUUCAGUUUUGGGCUUUCAACUUUGAACUUUCAACUUUGACCUUUCGACUUUGGGUCCGUCUUCAGCUUUGGGCUUUUAGGUGUGAGCUUUGUUUCAGCUUAAUACUUUAAGCUUUCUAAGCUUAUGCCUUCGGCCUUGAGGUUGAGGAUAUCUAUCUCUUUGCUUCGUAUUAUGGUUUCUGUUAGAAUGCGAUAAAAUUUAUAAACUUCAUGGCAUCGCCAUGAAUUUUCAAAAAAUUGAAACUUUUAGGGUUCAAAUUGUAAAAGUUUUGGCCUCAUCGCGUAAGUUUUGAACUUAAUACCCUUACCCAUCUGCGCGAAAUCUAACCAAGUUCAUAAGUUUGAGCUCAAAUUGUAAAAGUUUUGACUUUAUCGCGUAAAUUUUAAACUUAGUACCCAUCUGCGCGAAAUCUAACCAGGGAAGCCCCUAAGUUCUUAAGUUCAGGAGUUCAUGAGUCAGAAGUGGAAGAGUGAGAGUUUGGGGGUCGGAAAUGGAAGAGUGAGAGCUUGGCGGGGUCGUUGUUGUUUGUUAAUUUAGCUCUUUAAUAUUGAGCAGAUACGCGAGUGAACAUAUGGACCACAUGGACAGGGGCACGGACAUGAAUAGACUGUAAUGGAAAAGUGCAAAAAUAUCUGUAUCUUUUGGUAGAAGUCGUGAUUGUGCCGAAAAGGUAGAGUAGAAUAAGUAGAUCUUCAUUGGUUUCGUCUAUUGUACAACGCGUACAACAACUACUAUUUCCUUAACAUAACCGCACUAAAAACGACCUGAACUUUUCCUCACCUACCAUACAUGCCAACCCACCUAGGUUGAACAACCGUCGGCACCUGACUGGCCUUGUUCAAAAGGAAAGUCUUUCUCCUGACUCUGGUAUUCUUAACUGAACCCAAUAAAGGCAAUGAGAUGUCGUGCAACUUCAUCGGACAGGAACUAGUUUGGGUUCGUGCGUGAUAU